AUGGCCUCAAUCGACAGGCUCAGCGCCUUGCCCGACGAUAUCAUCUCUUACGUCCUCUCUUUUCUCCCCUUCAAAACCUCCGUCGCCACCCGCGCCCUCGCCGCAAGAUGGAGGCGUCUAUGGGCUUAUGCCCCUGACAUACAACUCACCGAAGACAAAUCGAAUUUGAUUUCAUUUUCCCGUCAUAGAAAGUUCGUAGAAGUGCUGACAAAGAUUCUGUCCCAAUGUGAAUCGCACAGAGUGAACACACUUCGACUCGAUAUGUAUUGCUACGACGACGAGCAUGAACUUGAGGCGUGUCUCGGGAGUGCCUUUGCGUGCAACGUGAAAACUCUCGAUCUUACUUUGCAGUAUGACUGUAUAGAAUUCGAGCUUUUCGAAUCCACCCCCAAAACCCCCCGUGUUGAUUUGAGGCUCAAUCUUUUCGAUAUUAAGAUGAAGAAUGGCACCUCCAAAACCCUAGUUGAUUUGAGGCUCAAAUUUUCGGAUAUUAAGAUAAAGAAUAGCACCGUGUGUUUACCAGCCCUCAAGAGGCUUCAUCUUGAGGGCGUCACCCUUGAUGGCUCCCUGGAAAACCUGAUUUCCUGUUGUCCGGUGCUUGAAGAUUUCACUGUUGUUAACUAUGUUGACCAAACUGUGGUAUGCCAGUGCAUAUCUUCUCCCGCUAUGAAGAGGUUGGACCUCAGGUGUAAGUUCCCUUACAAGUUGAAGAUAGAUACUCCCGCUCUUGAAUAUCUUUCUUUAUAUUAUAUUAAGCCAGAUAAUUUCUCGCUUGGGUCGAUGGACUCCUUGAUUGAAGCACGUAUUGUUUUUGUUGUUGAUCGUGUCAAGCCAAUUGUGAACGACGAUCUUUAUUCCCGUUCUCUGGUAGAAUUUAUGGGUAGGUUCUCUAAUGUAAAAAAUAUGAACUUAAGCACUUGGGGGAAGGUUCCUGACUUAACCCCUGUCUAUUUGAACAUAAAGUUUCACAAUUUAGCCAAACUCACGGUGGAAGGUGACGGCCGUUUCAUCUCAUAUUUUGUGGAGAAGGCGGCUAACAAGCUUGAAGUCCUUAAUGUCAUACAAUAUUCUGAACCUCAAUGGGAGAUGGAGCCCCUCCAGUUGCCUAUGGCUAAUGCAAUCAUGAAGCUUCACAAUCUAACAGAACUCGAACUGAAAGUCGAUUGGUGGUUCCUCACAUAUUUCCUAGAGAAGGCUGAUAAACUUAAAGUCCUUACUAUCCGUAAGACUUAUAAUAAUCGAAAGCGCUGGUUGGCGGCUCCUCUCCAUGUGCCUAAUUGCCUGUCAUCACAUCUAAAAAUAGUACAAAUUCAUGAAUUGAAAGGUACAGAGAAUGAACUCGACAUGGUUAGAUAUCUCUUAAAGAAUGCUGAAGUCCUGGAGAGGAUGGAACUACACUGCUUAGCAGAAUCGAUCGGGAGAAUAUCAUCAUUUGGUCGAGGAUCUGAGACGUGUGAGAUUGUCUUCCACGAAUAUCUAGAAUCAGACGAUGAAGAUUUUGCUGAUAAAUCAAAGGACCGUCUUUUUGUCAAAAUCUUUGACAGAUUUCUUCCCACAGCUCCCAGCAGAUUCAGCGGCGGCCAACCGAAAUUGAAUUUGCAGCCGAGGACAUUGCCGGUGGGUGAGGGCCAGAAAGAAGAGGUGUUGAAGGAGAAGGGCCAACUGCACAUUCACAGCAAUACCCGUGGUCCAAGCGAAAGAGUGUGUAGAAGUCGGGAUCGGAUGAUAACUAAACCGACCAAUUCACAGGAAUUACGAGCUUAUGCUAAAUUUGCAGCUAGGGAUAAGCAAAGAUCUGCUUUUCUUGAUUAUACUGCUUCUGGCUUAUUUGUUAUCUUUUAUUCAGACAUCCGGUGGGACUACCCGCCCCAGCAACUUCCCUCAAUCUUAAAAGAACGAGAGUACAACGAAGCACUUGAAGCUUUCAGGGUAAAGAACAAAGAAAAAGUUCAACUAAUUACUAGAUUGAUGGAGUUGGUUAUAAGCUGA